AACGAAUUAAGGUCACUUAGGGUUCAGGGCAACAAGAAAUGCAAUGAGGCUGCUACACGGUGUAUACUUCGUCAUUUUCGCCGUCGUAUCCGUGUGUGGUGGAAAUCCCGAUGCCAAACGUCUCUACGAUGAUUUGCUCAGUAACUACAAUAAGCUGGUUCGACCUGUGGUGAACGUUACCGAUGCCCUCACGGUAAAAAUCAAACUGAAACUGUCCCAACUGAUUGACGUGAACCUUAAAAAUCAAAUCAUGACCACAAACUUGUGGGUCGAGCAGACAUGGUACGACUACAAGCUGAAAUGGGAACCGAAAGAGUAUGGCGGUGUGGAAAUGUUACACGUGCCGUCAGAUCACAUUUGGCGGCCGGACAUCGUGCUGUACAACAAUGCCGACGGCAACUUCGAGGUAACAUUGGCCACCAAAGCAACUCUAAACUAUACUGGACGGGUGGAGUGGCGCCCUCCUGCCAUUUACAAAAGUUCCUGUGAGAUAGACGUGGAGUACUUUCCGUUCGAUGAACAAACGUGCGUAAUGAAGUUUGGCAGUUGGACGUACGACGGAUUCCAGGUGGAUCUACGCCACAUUGACGAAGUGAACGAAACAAAUGUUGUAGAGGUGGGUGUCGAUUUAUCGGAGUUCUAUACUUCCGUCGAAUGGGAUAUCCUUGAGGUGCCAGCGGUUAGAAAUGAAAAAUUUUACACGUGUUGCGACGAACCGUACCUAGACAUCACGUUCAACAUUACCAUGCGUCGGAAAACAUUGUUUUAUACCGUAAAUCUGAUCAUUCCCUGCAUGGGCAUUAGCUUUCUUACAAUACUGGUAUUCUAUUUGCCAUCGGACAGUGGAGAAAAGGUAUCGUUAAGCAUAUCGAUAUUGCUAUCCCUAACCGUGUUCUUCCUGCUUUUGGCGGAAAUUAUUCCUCCGACGUCGCUCGUGGUGCCGCUGCUAGGAAAGUUUGUUCUCUUCACGAUGAUAUUGGAUACCUUCAGUAUAUGUGUAACAGUGAUAGUGCUGAAUAUACAUUUCCGAUCACCUCAAACGCACACGAUGGCACCAUGGGUCCGAACCAUCUUCAUCAACCAUCUGCCAAAGUUGCUAGUUAUGCGCCGCCCGAUCUACCAACCGCUGCAUCACUUCAGUGCUGCUUCGCAGCGAUUUAUGUUGCGGUCGUGCAAUGGUCUGGGCGAUAUCAUUCCACCCCUGCCGCCAACAAUUGCAUUCGAUCCAACGGAACUGCUAGAUCACCAUUUGCUUGAUUCCAACGACAGUCUCAACACCUGCCGGUUGCACGGUAGCCCAACGCAUCACCUGUACAACCAUCCGCACCGGGCCGGCGACGGACGGCUCGGGCAUCACCUGCACCACAGCGCGCUGAUGCGGGACAUGGACCUGAUCGAUGACAUGCCGCUAGACUACCACGACCACAACCACCACAACUCGCCGAUGUCACCGAUCAACCUGAACCUGCUGGGCGGCGCCGCGAGCACGGCCGUACCGAACCGCACGCAGCUGGUCGGUGCCAGCGCGGCCAGUCUGCUCGAUCCGAACAGCAACUUCCACAAGAGCCUGACGACGGCGGCGAACGCAGACGCCAAGAGUGCGCCGAGCCUGAUCGUGAACAGCGUGGCUGCCGGGUCGGCCAACUCGCACUCGCAGUUGCCCUGCUGCAACAGUCUCUUCCUGAACGACCUGCGCCAAGCGACCACCGGCUCCGUCAUCGUCGGCGGUGCGACCGUUGAUCUGCUGAUGAGCAACGCAGGGGUCACCUUGCCGCUCAACAACAAUCUACCGGGGGUGACCAUUCCGAGCGGGCUGAUCAUCAACACCACCACCAGCGAUGGUGGCGAUGGUAACGCGGCCGCCGCGAAGGCGGACAAAGCGAACCGCAACCGGUGGCUCGAGUGUCCGGAGCUGACCAAGGCUAUGGACGGGGUGACGUACAUUGCUGACCACACGCGCAAAGAGGAGGAAAGCUCGAGGGUUAAAGAGGACUGGAAAUUCGUGGCGAUGGUACUCGACCGGCUAUUCCUGUGGAUCUUCACCAUCGCGGUGGUGUUCGGGACGGCCGGUAUCAUACUGCAAGCGCCAACCCUGUACGACACGCGCGUACCGAUCGACAUCAAGAUGUCGGAAAUUGCCACAACGACAGCGAAGCCGUACAUCGCCAAACCGGUGCUGUAAGAACGGGGAGGUGCUACACACCCACACCCACACCCACACACAUACACUUUUGUGUUCACACGUGUUCUUCUGGUGGAUCCGCAAACCGCUAGGGGGUCCCCGGGCCAGCCAGCCAGGGCCAGGAGCAUUAGGGCAUGAAACUUUAGAUUUUUUUCUACAGAUUUACAAACGA